AUGUCGGAAAGCAACGUGAGCUCAGCGGCACCACCAAGCAGCAGCGGCGGAGGAGACAGGCGUUCCAAGAUGAUCACCAUCUUCAAGACCGCGGCAUUUGUAAGUUUGGUGGUUUAGGCUUAGAGUUGGGCUUAAAGUUGGUGUUUUUGAGUUGUGGGUUGUUUUUUGGGUUAUUGGUAUAGUUUUUGUAGUUUAGGCUUAAAAAGUAAUAUUUAGGCUUAGAACUUGUCUUAAAAUGAUUUUUUUAACACUUCAGGCUUAAAUUGGCUUUUUAGACGAUUUUUUUGCGUUAUAGGCUUAAAUGUUGGUUUUUAGGCUUAAAAUUGGCACUUAAAUGAUUUUUUUGCAUUGUAGGCUUAUGUGUUGGUUUUUAGGCCUAAAUUAGCCUUUUAAGUGAUUUGUUUGCGUUGUAGGCUUAAAUAUUGCUUUUUAGGCUUAAAAUUGGCAAUUAAAUAUUUUUUUUACAUUUUAGGCUUACAAAUUUUAGGUAUGCUUUUGAUCGUAUAAAAUGUCACCAAACAUGUUUCUUCGUAUAAAAUGUCACUAGUAAACUUUUUGAUCGUAUAAAAUGUCACUAAAACAUUCUUUUCAUAUAAAAUAUCACCAGUCUACUUUUGAUCGUAUAACUUGUCACCAAGACAUUUUUUAUCGUAUAAAAUGUCUUUAUAUUUCAGGCCUUCUUCUUCGGUGGCAUUUUCACGAUGCUCGGUGGUAUGUUCUACAUUUUCCUGACCCUCAUUGCCAUGCUCGUGUACUAUGGCCGUCUGAUCUACUGGGCCAUUCCGGCCGAGUUGCCUGGUCGUGAACCGAAAGUUGAAUUCUUUAUUGACUUGUCCUGUUGCAUUGCCUGCCUCGUCGACGUGCUGAUCGUGUUCCUAUUGGGCGGGGUUGGCGGCGUCUUCAUGGUUUUCGUGAGUGGAUUACUGUAGUUUUUUUGGGAUUUGAGGUGGUUAUAGCAAGUUAUGGUGGUAUGAAGUACUAUAGUUUUUGGGGAGGGGGUGGGGGUUGAGUAGGUGGAAAUGGAUAGAGAAGCUUACUAGGAUUGGGCUUAGUAGGCUUAGGCUUAGUAGGCUUGGGCUUAGUAGACUUGGGCUUAGUAGUCUUAGGCUUAGUAGGCUUAGGCUUAGUAGGCUUGGGCUUAGUAGACUUGGGCUUAGUAGGCUUAGGCUUAGUAGGCUUAGGCUUAGUAGCUUUAGUCUUAGUGAGCUUUGACUCAACUGGGCCAGGCGUAUUAGUUUUAGGCUUACUAGGCUUAAGCUUAAUAACCUUAGGUAUAGUAGGCUUAGCCUUUGUAGGCUUAGACUUAAUAGUCUUAAGCGUAGUAGGCCUAGGCUUGGCAAGCUCAGACUUAGUAGGCUUAGGCUUUGUGAGCCUUACUGUAUAUCAAUGUUGUUUACUGUGUUUUAAUGUUGUUGUAUUUCAGUUCGGCGAUCUAUUUCUUGUCGUCUCCCUGGGCGUUCUUAGCUUCCUGGAGUUCAAGAAAUGGAAGAGCGGUUGA